AAGGUGCACUGCCUCCACGUCGUCCGCAAGCACCGCGACUCGCGCAACCCGACGUCCUGGCGCAACCCGGCGAAGCGCGUGACGCGGAGCGUCGACGACGCGACGGACGAGCUGCGGAUCGCGCGGUCGAAGCUCCUCGCCGCGCCGUCCUACCGCCGCGAGGACCUCUUCAAGGAGCUCGCCAAGGCCCAGUCGGACUGCGGCUCGGCGAAGAAGGGCGGCGACCUCGGCUUCUUCCGCCGCGGCAAGAUGAGCCCGCCCUUCGAGGUCGCCGCGUUCAACCUCGACGUCGGCGAGCUCUCGAAGACCGUCGCGUCGUCGUCGGGCGUCCACCUCAUCUACCGCGUG